UGCAAUCGCAUAUGCCUUUUUUCUUCGGAUCCACGCAUGAUGAAUUCUGCCAUCUCCAUACAGGCGUGGAGAGAUCUGCGGAGAUCUGGCGGCAGCGGAUUGAUGAUAUCGCAAUGCGAAGCUUACCUAUGGCGUCAGCGCUUCGCUCCCUGGCUUCUCCGAUCUUCGUUUUGCACAAUCUCAGAGCGCCAUCCAUCGACUCUUCUUCCAGACCGCCUUCCUUCAAGUGGUCCUUCCAUCCUAAACCCUCUUUCUCCUCAAGACAGCGCCUGCGUAUCUCUCCUUUCUCCUCUCCCUCCUCCGUGAAGUGGAGCUCGUUCAUGGCGGACGCCCCCAGGUUGCAAAGUCGAGUUUGUUUCAGUGCUGGAAUCAGUGGAAGAGAGAAUAAAGAGCUUUUGGUACAACAUCUACUUGUUGGUGAAGACAACCUUAAGCUUUUGCUGGAGCUCCAGCAGCGAAUUUCUGGAGGGGUGGAUUUAAGUGAUUUAGCUGUGGAGUACUCUUUGUGUCCCUCAAAGGAAAAUGGUGGGAUGCUUGGAUGGAUAAGAAAAGGGCAAACGGUUCCUGAAUUUGAGGAAGCUGUAUUUAAUGCUCCUUUAAACAAAGUUGUGCGCUGUAAGACUAAAUAUGGAUGGCACCUUUUGCAAGUGCUUUCUGAGAGGGAAGAGUCAAUUCUGCAAGAUAUUAACCCUGAAGACCUUCAUUCAAAAAUGCAAGAUCCAGGAUUCUUUGAGGAAGCUCAGUUGAUAGAUGUUAGAGAACCCGAGGAAGUAGCUCAAGCUUCUCUGCCUGGCUUCAAGGUUCUUCCACUCCGCCAGUUCGGAACAUGGGGAUCAUUAAUAACUGAAGAGUUUGAUCCUCAAAAGGACACUUAUGUUCUGUGUCACCAUGGUGUGCGGUCUCUUCAAGUAGCCCAGUGGCUACAGACGCAGGGAUUCAAAAAGGUCUUCAAUGUAGCUGGAGGAAUUCAUGCUUAUUCUGUCAAAGCUGAUCCAUCAGUUCCAAAAUAUUAAGCGUUUUGGCCUAUAGCUUUUAGUAGCUCUUGUUGAAUGAAGAUCUUGUGUACGUAAAAGUAAUUUACGUUUGGGUUAUCUUUUUUCUUUCUUGUUACCAGUUUGAGUUUAAUAGGUCAUGUGAUAACAGUGUACAAGUCAUCAACAAUCACAUAGCAGUGACCAAAAAAAAAAAACAAAAAACAUUUUCCAUAAAUAUUUUACUUCA